UGUCAUCGAAAAAGCACCACCGACGAGCAACGAUUCACGACGGAACGAUACGCAGGUCUUGAUUUAAUUCCAAGUGUUCAACGACAAGGUGCAAAAAAGAGAGCCUGUCCCUGACAAAAACUGCCUGUUUUAUUUUUUUUUCAUCCUUGAAACCAUCAUUAGGAUUGUUUCAAUAUAUAUAAAAAUCGGGAAUAUUUUUAUUAAAUUUAAUAAUAUUUUUUAAAACAAAAUUAGACAUAGUUUUAAUAUUCUCUCCGACCAAAUGUCUAAAAUGUGUCCAAAGUUUUUUUAGGAAUACAAAAUAAGAGUGAGUGGAAUUUUAGUCAAAUCCUUUUACUACCCGAUCCCGAAGGCUUUUUUAAAGAAUUUUUCAUCGUCGUCGGUCGUAGCGUCGAAUGUUGAAACUUUGUAUCUGUGAUUUUUUGUAUCUUCUUAAUUAACUCGAAAAUUAUUAUAUUUGCACUUUACAUCCGGGGUGCACUGUUUCUAUUUAUUUAUUUAUAUAGAAAACAACAAAUCGUUUGAAUCUUCACGGUCAACAUAUAGAAUCUCAUGAGUGUAAACAAAACCAACAAAGAAAAGGCGAUACAAGUUUUGUAAACGAUUGUGUGGUUCCCUUUUUAUGGUUUGCGACAAUUUUGAACAAUAAAACAAAAAAUAUAAUAAAAAAUUGUGUGCUAUUAAACCCCCCUGUUCAGUAAUUGUGUGUCCUUGUAUCGCAAGGUAUUUCCUUUAACCCAGAUAUACCUAACCUACCCGUGGUUGUAAAUCCAAAAGAUACAAAAAUAGAACCCAUUGCAGUAUUAUUAUUGUAUUGCAGUUGUUGGUCUAUCAAAUGACGCAUUCACAAUUUGAAGCAAAAUAAAAUCGUCUAUAAAAGUUGUUGUAAAAAUUGUAUUCAUUUCAUUGAAAGUUUAAAUCGAAAAAAAAAAAUACUUAGUACGUGUAUUGAAUCUCAAAAGAAGAUUAUCUACAGUGGGGAUUUUAAAAAAUAUGACAGUUUAAAUUUCAUGUCACAUCAAAAAAGGACAUCAUCAUUAAAAAGGAUAACCAACAAGAGUUAUGUGCUUCAAAAGGGCAUUGAGGUUUUUCUUGUGCUGCUCAUCUAACCAGUUAGAGGGAUUAAAUGAGUCGACAUUUCACGAUUACAUCGAAACACUCCCAGUGUACUCAAAUAGCAGCCUUGGUGACAUAAAGGAUGGUCUCAGCUUCACAGUUACCGGUUAUAUCCUCCCCAAUUGCGAAAAAUUUUCUAUCAAUCUAAUUCUUGAGACACCAACUCGAGACAUUGCUUUGCAUGUCAAUCCACGCCUGCCACAAAACUACAUUGUUCGAAAUGCGCGCGUGAAAAACAUUUGGGGCAGUGAAGAGGUGUCCUCGCCGCUGCCCUUUAGCUUGCACCGAGGCUCGAAAUUCGCCAUACAAAUUUUAAUAACAGACAGUUGUUAUAUGAUCUCGGUUAAUGGGAAUCACUUUGCCGAAUUUAACCAUCGUUUGCCUUAUAAAUCUGUGGCGUGCCUUGAGGUUAGCGGAGAUGUUGACAACAUCAGUUUUAACCGUACCGAAUCUUCUAAAUACCCCGAACGAUUACCCGAAUCGAAAGCCAAAGAAAUCCGAGUCGACCUGGAGUCAGAGGAUCAAAUUGAUACUCCACUCGAAUGGAAACUCAUCACCUUGAAUGGAAGCAAUGAUGGAGGCCUGCAACUACCCUACUAUGGACUCCUGCCACCAAAAAUGUUUGGAAGUGGGAAAUGCCUACGGAUAGAGGGACGAGUGAAGUUGCUGCCGCACUCGUUCUAUGUAAAUCUCCAAGGCGGGCAGGAUAUAUGGCCGCAUCCUAUAAUUGCAUUCCACUUUAAUCCGCGCUUUGCUAAGCAAGGCGGUGGCAUAGGCAAACAUGUGAUUUGCCGGAACGCCUGGUACAACGGGGCAUGGGCCAAAGAACAACGUACCGAAUUGGAUACAGACUUCUGUCCUGGCAAGAGUUUUAGUCUGGUCAUUGUGUGUGGAAUGGCUUCCUACGAAGUGUACGUUAAUAAAAAGCUCAUUACAGAGUUCCGAUUUCAUGUGGAUCCUGAGAUCGUGGACACGGUGUACGUCCAGGGAGACAUCAAACUUUGGGAUGUCGUUCUCGAAAACCACUCAACAUCGAAUGGUGCACCAAAAAGAAUCUACCAAAAUCCCGCAUACCAAGAAGACAACUAAUUCAGUUUUUAGUUUAAACUUUAUUUUUUUCUAGUGCAAUUAUUGCUGACUCAAUAAAAUUUUUUAAGCGCGCCUACUUCUCAAAAGGUUUAUCUAGAUAUUAAGAACAAAAAAAAAAAACAAAUCAAUAAUAGAAAUUACGUAUAUAUAUAUAUAAUUCUUUUGCAUUUGCAUUUUUCAUCGAAUGCUGCGAAUAUUUUUUGUUUUAAAAUUUUAAGAUAAUAAACUUUAGUCUAUUUUGUAAAUUUACUCAUCUUUGAUGGUUAAGGACAAUAAUGUUGAAUGUUAAAAAUGUUUUGGGAAACAAUAUUUAUUUGUUGUUGUUAAAAAAAUAAAGAAAAUGUUAUUGCAUUUCAUUGAAUAUUAAAAACAAAAUAUAUACUACAUACAUACAUAUUAUAUUUAGCGACAUAAAUGUUUAAGAAAUAUUAUGUGUGAGCUUUUUGAAAAUUUAUUUAAACAAAAACAAUACUAACACUCAUAAAAUCUAUAAUAACUGUACUGUCUAAUUUAAACCAAAAAUUUGAAUGACUAAAUAAAAUCUUGUUUUAAUCUUGACAAGUCUUGUAA